UGCAGAUAUAGAACAUAGAAACGCCGAAAUGCCAUGAAACCAGGAGGAAUCUCUCUAGGAGCACGAAAGCGCUACCCUCCUGGUCCAUGGGGAUUUCCAGUCAUUGGUCACCUGCCUCUGUUUGGCCGUCUCCCCACGGAGACCUUCCUGCAAUGGAGACACUCAUACGGAGACAUUUUCCGUAUCUGGAUGGGCGCCUGGCCGGCCGUGGUGGUGAACGGAUACAGAGCUGUGAAGAAAGCAGCUGAUAAGCCCGGGGAUGUGUUUUUGGACCAACCUGACUUUGUCACAAAUAAGGCACUGCGUGAGGCUUUCAAUGAAAGACAGCAAACUUUGUGA